AUGUCAAUCUCAAAGAGUCUCCUGGCCGGCGCCUUGCUUGUCUCUGCUUCACUCGCGGCUCCUUCGCCAUCACAAGGAGCAGCAGGAUCGAGCAUCCAACUCAAUGGCGUCGUCAGGUACACGACCCCCGAAAGAGCAGCUUCGGCGCAGAAUGAGACUGGACUCAAUUUCGGUGAUUCUGCCCGUUUGCGUGCUCGCAUGCAGAUGAACCAAGGGCAAGACAACUUUGUUCAUUCCUUUGCUGCCGGUCAGGUCAUCGGAACCAACAAAAUCAACGAGGUCCUCAUUCCGGUGGGUAUCGGAGCAGAUGGCGAUGUGAAGCUGCUCAUCCUCGACUCGGGAUCGAGCAACACCUGGGCUGGCUCACUACAGCCCGUCAACAAAUCAUCGACGACAGUCUCGACGGGCAAGAAGGUCUCGCUCAGCUAUGGCACCGGUGCCAUGCAAGGAGACCUCGUCAAUGAUCAGAUCACGAUAGGCCCGAUGGUGAUCAAAAACCAGGGUAUCACGAUCGCCACGCAGACAAGAGACUUUCAAGAUGCCGACGGUAUAGCCGGCAUCGGCGGUGUCGCUCUCACCUCACGCACCAUCGUAGGCGCACCACAGGAAACGAUUCCUACCCUCAUGGACAAUCUGCUAUCACAAGGCAUCAUCUCGCAGCCUUACCUCAGUGUGGCCAUGCAGCCUGGCAACAAGGUCGAUGCCCAAAACACUCGCGUCACCUUUGGAGCUAUCGACAACGACUCUUUCGUGGGCGAGCUCAAUUUCGUGCCUAUCACCAAAGCCCCGCAAGCUGGUCGAUUUUGGGGUGUGGACCUCAGUGUAGCAGUCGGCACUGCUCGCGUGUGCAACAAUGCGCCUGUUAUCAAAGCCGUCGGAGGCAAAGUGGAUGCCCGAUCUGGUCUGCUCGCUGUCAAGCGCUCUGCUCUCCAAUCGCUGGCUCUCACGUUCGGCAAAUCAACGUAUACCUUGUCGGCAGAAGCUCAAGUCUUUCCAUCCGAGCUCAACUCGAUGCUGGGCGUCUUGCCUACCGGAUUUGAUGCAUGGGGCAUCAUGGGCUCUCUCGGCACGCCUUCGGGAAGCGGGCUAGACGGUAUCAUCGGCCAAUCAGUCCUGCAGCGCCUCUUUGUCGUCUUUGACAGCGGCAUGCCUCCGAGAGUGGGAUUUGCAAACACUCGGCUCACGCAAGGCGGCACGAACAAUGACGUUGCUUUGACUUUACCUCAGCAGUCCGCACAGACAUCGGCUCUUCAGCAAUCCUCGGCCAUUACGAGUGGCGCAUCCAGCAACGCCGUUCCGGGCACGAGUCCUUUACAAGCUAGCGCAGGUGUCAGUCAGCCCGAUCAGACCGGUGCGAACGCAAGCGUGGGUGCUACUGCACAGGUGACCGGUCAACAAGCGCCCAUGCAAGCACCCCCGUCCGGCACGGCCUCGACGCAAGGCGCGCAGACCGAUGUAGCCUCUUCUAUCGCCAAUGCGUUUGGAUCUAUCUUCAAGAGCUCAGCCCCACGCAAUACGGGAGAGGCUGCUCAGAGCGUUCAGGCUGCAGCCCUUCUGCUCGGUACCACCGCCCUAGCAUUCUUGCUCUAA